GUUAUGGCAUGGGUUGUGCCGUCGAACCAGCCCUUUUGGGUUAUGGCUGAUUUGAGUUUGAUUCUAAAUGAGGGAAAUGAAAAAUAUUGGUAUGAACCAUGUAAGAAAUAUUUCAAUUCACUCAAAUAUCCACCAGAAGGUAAAAAUCCUUACUCAGCUCGUUACAUUGGUUCAAUGGUUGCCGAUGUUCAUCGUACACUGUUAUAUGGUGGAAUUUUUGCAUACCCAGCUGACAAAAAAUCAAAAAAUGGUAAACUUCGUAUCUUGUAUGAAUGUUUCCCAAUGGCCUUUUUAACUGAACAAGCUGGUGGCAAAGCUAUAGAUGGUAAAAAACGAGUGCUUGAUCUUGUACCAGGAUCUAUUCAUUCCAGAUGUCCUAUUUUCUUGGGCAGUAAAGAUGAUAUUGAAGAUGUAGAAAAAUUUUAUGCUGAUUUCAACAAGCCUUUGUUGAAAAAUGUUAAAUUUCAAGCAGUGGAUGACAAGGAGUAUGAUGUAGAAGAGAGUGAUAUUGAAGAUGAAGAAAGUGAAGAAUAA